UCAUCGCAUUGUGUCGCAGCCGGCCAAGAAAUGGAUAAGCUAAUGCAAAAAUACACUUCACGUCCAUAACAGCAGUUUCAGCGUCCUGUUUCAACCACCCCAAUGACCAUCCUUUCAACAGAACCUUUAAAAACUAAGUUUAACGUUGGUAGACUGCCGUCAAGCAACCAUGACAAGAGUUGCUUUUCUUUGUGUGUUUUUGUUAGCGCAUAUUCUUGGAUCGGUGUGGCAUGCGCAGGGAAUGAAGAGGAUAAACAGCCGAAGUGUACGAUAAUUGACAGGAUUCGCUUCUUAUUCCGAACAUCACCAUGGCACUCGAUUGGCUUACGCAAUACGUAACGUUAGAAAACGUCUGUCUUGGUGUCAACCUUGUCACGCUCAGUGUAAUCUACAAGGCGUACCGGUCUAAAGUGACGAAUUUCGAGGCAGUGCAGACAGCUCGUCAAUUGGACGUUGACAAUAAUUUAGCAUCGAAACUGCGCGAAGAGUACCCCAAUGCCACUGCGGUGCACGCUGUCAUCAGGGGCCAAGUCAGGGCCCUUGGAGAAACGAUCAAGAGCAGGCACCUGCGCGGUGCUAAGGCAGUCAUUCAGGAAUGUUGCCUCACAGAGCACAAGAUUCAGUGGAGCCCGGUAUCCCGCUUCUGGUCACAGACCCAACGCGAGAUACAUCGUAUCAUCAACUACGUGCCGUUCGCCAUUGCGUCACGACACAGCAAAGUGAUGGUUGAAGUAGUGGAUCCACAGGAGUGUGAGAGUAUUCCGGUAAACUGCGUCUAUGAAAACUUUAUCCCAAAUCGAGACGGCCUGAGCGGUGUUUUCUUUGGCUGGCUGCGUGGAGAACAAACCAAGGGCAUUGAAGAACAGGAAUUUCUUCUAGAAGAAGGCUCCACUUUAACUGCAUUUGGCACAUUGACAGUCAUGGAAGACGGUUCCGUCAAGCUGAUGCCGCCAGCUGAUGGCGUCUGCUACUACCUUACACAGCUAAGCCACCCAGCACUAGUGUCAAAGCUUCGCUCAGAACUCGGCAUAUUGCGCGUGGUUAGCUUUGUGCUCGGCUGUACAGCUCUAGGCCUUUCAUGCUACCUGGUGUUCACAUGGUGGAAAGCAAGGCAGGCAAUGGCCCAGCGAAGAAAGGACUCAAUUCGUCGUGAAGAAGCAAGGAAGCAAAGACGAAAACUGAACCGUGACUCGCCUUCAGAGAACCCGUGUUGCGUCAUCUGCCGCACAAACCCCGUCGAAGUGAUGAUCCUGGAGUGUGGCCACGUUUGCUUGUGCACUGACUGCUCGGAGAUGGUUACUGGGAACUGUCCCAUGUGUCGCUCACCCAUCAAGCGAAGUGUGGCAGCGUUUCUUCCUUGAUCAAGGUGCAGUGGUGGAUAUGCUUUCUGCAGAAAAUAUGUCAUCAGUGAAAGCUUUGUUCUGUCUUUCACAUAAACAUCAUGAACAUUGAUGGACACUCAGAAUUUCGUUCCUGUGGUAAUGAAUAUACAACGUAUUAGUACUCAGCAAGAUAUUGCUAUAUGUGCACAUAACGAAGAACAACGUUCUAUAUAAUUUCAAGAUUUCUUAUGUUAUUUACAUACGCAAUAAUUGUUUUCAGGUUUGAAUGUUUGGUCAUGCAUUCAUUCACAAUUUGACUAGUUGACAUACUUCAGAUAUGUUGUGAGGAGUCACCAAUUCACUGGUAAGAUUGUUGUGCGUUAUAAGGGCUGCCUACUGAGCACCAAUAAAAAGUUCUCUGCUUUUAUGUUGAUGUAUUCACAAAUAAAGUUUGUGUAAAGUUCACUUGA